AAUAAGAGGGAAUAUUUUUACGACCUGGUUUUCAUUUCUUCUCUUUUCCCUCUCUCCUGUUUUCUAGGGUUUCUCUCUCUUGUAUUCUCUUCUCUUACUGCAGUGAUUUGCCAUGGCUCAUUUUUUCUGCUGACACACAUGAAUUCUCCUCCUCAACUGCUCUCUAUAAGUGGCAGGGUAUAUGGAGAUGGAUAAUGGUUCUGACUCUGAAUAUACUGAAACAUAUCAGAUGCCAGGAGAAGGAGCAAGAAUUUCUUCAACUCCAUCUGCUGAGGAAGUUCAAGCCAUGGGCAAUGAAGCAGCGCCUGAGUUCAUGAUGAACCAGGGAAUAUAUUAUCCUGCUACUAGCUUUUACGGAUACUAUUGUACAGGAUUUGAAGCACCUGGAGAAUGGGAUGACCAUAGUAGGUUUUUAGGAGUAGAUGGUCAAGAUCAUCAUUAUCCUGAUUUUCAAACUGAAGGUUCUUAUGUAUAUUAUGCACCGACAUAUGGAUAUGCACAGUCUGCUUACAACCCUUACAACCCCUACAUACCUGGUGCUACUGUUGUUGGAGUAGACAAUCUUCUUAUUGGAUCUCAACCAUAUUACCCUGGACUUGUUUACCCACCAGCAUCAGGUUACUUCCCUUCUAUUCUACUCCCUGCACAAGAUGCCCUGCCUGCUACUCCUCCAGAGGUCAUGCCUCUGGUUGUGGACUCUGUAGAUGUUAGUAGAAUGACAGAUGAGGCUAAUCGCCCUAGACCAACUCCUGCUAGUUCAAUGACAAAGCAUUCCUCUGAGACUACUGGGAAUGGAGAUUCUCAUACGGGUUCUUCUCAUGUCUCUAAAAUUUCGUCUCAGAAGCGAUCAGAAGUGUUGCAAAUGAAUGUGGCUUCAGCUGGUCAACCUUCACCACAGAAGGUUACAUCUUCAACUAGCUCUCCUGCCCCAGCUCCUGGUAGCCAGGGAAUGCAUUCUCCAGUUCUAGUUCAAGCGAAGGAUGAGUACCUACAUGGGAAAAUCUUGCCAUUUUCAGAGCCUGGAAAUGUCACUUCAUCUUUUAAAGAUGAAAUGGUUGGCUUAAAGUCUCAUGGACAUGGAUGGGUUAAUGUCGAUAAGCUUAAGCCUAGGAUGCACUUCAUUGGAAAUAGAGGCAAUGGAAAUGGGACUUCAGAUGCAUUGAUUGAACAGAAUCGGGGGCCUCGGAUCAACAGGGUGGGGAACCAAGUGACAUUGGUUAGAUCUCCUGCAAAUCUAGCUGGAACCAGUCAUGGCCAGGAUAGUAUUGUACAUAACACUGACCAAUAUAACAGAGCCAACUUUCCUGUUAAGUACAGUGAUGCUAAGUUUUUUGUUAUAAAAUCUUAUAGUGAGGAUGAUGUGCAUAAAAGUAUAAAGUAUCAUGUUUGGUCAAGCACUCCUAGUGGUAACAACAGGUUGAAUACCGCUUUUGAAGAUGCUCAAAGGCGUUCUGGAGGCAAGCCUGGAAGCUGCCCUGUGUUCCUCUUCUUCUCUGUUAAUGCAAGUGGACAGUUCUGUGGUGUCGCUGAGAUGGUUGGCAGUGUUGAUUUUCAGAAGGAUAUGGAUUUCUGGCAGCAAGACAAAUGGAGUGGUUGCUUCCCUGUUAAGUGGCAUUUCGUAAAGGAUGUGCCAAACUCUUACUUCCGUCACAUUAUUUUGGAAAAUAAUGAGAACAAACCAGUGACCAAUAGUAGGGACACACAAGAGAUAAGAUUUCCUCAGGGUAUUGAGAUGCUGGCUAUCUUCAAGAAUUAUGCAUCGAAAACUUCCAUACUGGAUGAUUUCAAGUAUUACGAAGAUCGCCAGAGGGUCUUGCAGGAAAAGAAGUCAAGGCUCCUGGCCAAACAUUACCAACAAGAUGGGUGUCUGAUGCCUCAGCUUCUUGAGCCUAGUGACCUGAAAAAAACCCCAAAACCAGAGGAGCAUUCGCUGACAGCACAUACUACGGAUGAUAUCACUUCUAUAUUGAAGGUUGGCUCCAUCUCUAUUGGCCCUGACCUCCGAAAGAGAAAUGAUGAAUCAGAAAAAGAAAGGGUCCUAAAAUUGAAUAAUGCUACAGCGAAAGAUAAUUUGGAAGCAAGUCUUGAUGGGCCUAGUGUUUUUACUGUGGGUUCUAUCCCAGUAAAUGUUAAUGGGUUUGAUCAUUCUUCAGGGGUUCUAACAGUGGGAAGCAUACCCAUAGAUCCUAAGACACAGGUAAUUAGCAAGAUUGGUUCCAAGUCUGCAAAGGGCUCAAAGUAGGCCUUCUUUUUCUUCUCUUGUGAUCGGUUUUUUUGGAGAUUUUGUGGGGAGUGAGCCAGGUGUAUUAUGAAUGAAGAUAGUCGGUGUCAGAUUUUUAAGGAGUAGUUAACUGUGCAGUUUGAGAUGGAGAUGUUUUGUUUCAUAGGUUCUUUUUCUUUGGUGUUACUGCUCAGAAUUUAGUUGUUCUUUUCUUUCGUUCGUUUUUUUUUUACUUGGGAAGGGCAGGGUUUUGAUUUCAUAAUUUGUGUAAUUGUGAUUCCUCUGAGGUGGCCUUGUCUGUUGGGCUUGGUAUACAUAGGAGUCUGGAGAAUAGUUGGUUUUUGUUUUACAUAUGUAUUCUUUGCCCCAUGCGGCUGAAAUUUACUUGGAAGUUAGUUCACUUCCAUGUUGUAAGAAUUUUUCUUAACACAAAUACAAAGUUUGUUUACC